AUGCACGCCGUGUACGACAAAGAAUUUUUCGUAUCAUGCGCCGUCGUUCAUCCGAGGACUGUCACUGAAGUUCAAGAAAUCAUGCGGCUCUGUAACAAAAUGCAGAUGCCUGUCUGGCCUUACUCUGUGGGCCGCAACACCGGAUACGGAGGAGCCGCACCACGGGUCCCGGGUACACUCGGCAUGGAACUUGGAAGACACAUGAACCGAAUCCAUGAAGUCAAUGUUGAUGGGGCAUAUGCUUUGGUUGAGCCUGGAGUCACAUUCUUUAGCCUUUAUGACCAUCUUGUGAAGACUGGUCUUGAUGAGCAAUUAUGGCUAGAUGUUCCAGACCUUGGAGGCGGCUCCAUUAUUGGUAGGCACCAGUCAGACUUCUGUGCGUAUUUGUCGAGGUAUUCGACUGACAGGCGCAGGAAAUACUCUGGAAAGGGGCGUUGGGUAUACUUCCAUAUGGUGGUCAGUAGCUCUUGA